UUCCUUCUCUCCGGUGGCACGCGCGCACGCCUUGCCUCUGCCCUCCGCAGCGGGCGCCAGGGCUGCAGGCCGCGCGCCCUGGGCCUCCCGGCGGCUCCGCGCGCUGCCCAGGGCGCGCCGAGGCCGCCGGGUAGUAGGCAGCGCCCAGGCCGUUGCGCCGCGAGGCAGCCGGAAGUCCCGGAAGUCCAGCCCCGUCGUGAAAGCGCCGGUUCCCGGGGCGACGCGCAACGCGGGAAGAUGGCGGCGGCGGCGGCGUCCGGCCCGGUGGACGGGGCCGAGGCGGCCGAGGCGGCCGAGCUGAGCCGCGCGCUCAGCCGCCUGCUGCCGGGGCUGGAGGCCGAGAGCAAGCUGGCGCGGCGGCGCGCCUUGGAGGCCCUGCGGCGCGCGCUGGAGCCGGAGCCCGAGGCGGCGGCGGAGGAGGGUGCGGCGCUGCCCGCCGCCGGCCCGGCCGCCUUCCAGGGCCCCUGGGCGCGCCUGCUGCUGCCGCGCCUGCUGCGCCGCCUGGCCGACCCGGCCGAGGGCUGUCGCGCGUUGGCCGCGCACCUGCUGGCGCUGGGCCUGCGGCGCACCGCGCGUCCCCGCGACGCGCUGCCGCACCUGCUGCCCGCGCUGGCCGCGCGCCUGGCCGGCCCGGACCCCGCGCGGCCGCCGCCCGAGCCCUGUGAGGAGCUGCGCCUGGCGCUCGUGCGGCUGCUCGGCCUGGCCGUGGAGCUGGGCGGCACCGGGGUAGCGCCGCACCUGGACGACGCGGUGCGCGUGCUGCGGAGCACGCUGCGUGACCCCUUCCCGGCCGUGCGCCGCGAGAGCUGCGCGUGUGCCGCCGCCCUGGCGCGCGCCACGCCGGAGCACUUCCACCUGCAGGCCGAGUCGCUGAUCGCACCCCUGAUGCAGACGGUGGCCCACCAGCACUGGAAGGUGCGCGUGGCCGUCACGGAGGCCACGGGCGCCGUGAUCCAGUUCGGCAGCGGCAAGUCCGUGGACGAUGUGCUGCCGCACCUGGCACAGCGCCUGUUCGAUGACGUCCCGCAGGUCCGACAGGCAGUAACCUCUGUGGUGGGCGGCUGGCUGCUGGACCUGCGAGACCGCUACUCCUAUUUCCACAAGCUCAUCCCCUUGUUGCUGUCAAGCCUCAGCGACGAGAUGCCUGACAUCCGGCAGUUGGCAGCACAGCUCUGGGAGCAGGUGGGGCUGCAGUGGCAGCAGGAGAAUGAGACCGACCUGAAGGACAAGCUGGACUUCGCCUCACCUCCCCCGCCCCACUUCCCAGCACAAGAGAGCCGCCCCGUGCUGGGCUGCCGGGAGCUUGUCUUCCGGAACCUGUCCAAGAUCCUUCCGGCCGUCUGCCACGACCUGGGCGACUGGGUGGUGGGCACCCGGGUGAAGUCGGCACAACUGCUGGCUGUGCUGCUGCUGCAUGCUGAGGAGCAUGCCACACAGCACCUGGAACUGGUGCUCAGGGCACUGUGCCACGCCUGUGCCGAUGAGGAGCCAGCUGUAGUCAGCCAUUGCGUGAGGUCCGCCAAGCUCCUGGGCACUUUCGUCAGCCUGGAGGUGCUUCUGAAGCUGCUCCUACCACUGCUAAAGCGGUCGCCCUCCGCCGCCGGCCUCCUGGUCCUGGCCUCGGCCAUUCGAGGCUGCCCACGGGAGGCCCUCCAGCCACACCUGAUGGCCCUGGCCUCGGAGCUGGCCCAAGCUCACAUCUGCCAAGCGUCAGAAAACGAUGCUUACCUGCAGCACUUGGUGCUGUGUGUUGAAGCCCUGGUGUCCGUGGGCCAGGAGGACUGCCGCGCGUGCAGCCUGCAACUGCUCCGGGUGCUGGUGACCGUCAUGGCCGUGCCAGGACCCCCGGGCACGCAGGACAAGGCUCAGGAGACCAUGGCCUCGCUGGUGGCCGUGGAGAACGUCACGGGCAGUCAGGACCUCUACCGGAAGCACCUGGGCCCUCUCCUGGAAGGGCUGACCGCCUCGCACAGCAGCUGGACCGCGCAUGUGGCUGAGUUCCUGCAGUUCUGUGUGGUCGUCACGCAGGCAGGCCCCGCGGUCGGGGAGGUGCUGCCCCAGGUGAUGGCCACGCUCAGAGCCUGCCUGCAGCCGGCCCGGGACCCACAGAUGCGCCUGAAGCUGUUCUCCCUGCUGUCCCAGCUGCUGCUCAGGCCCAAGGACACCAUUGACUCCCAGGGGCAGUUCCACGAGCAGCUCGAAACCAUGGUGAAGGACAUCCUGGCCCCCAACCUGCAGUGGCAUGCGGGCAAGACGGCCGCCGCCAUCCGCACGGCCGCCGUGUCCUGCCUGUGGGCACUGACCAGCAGCGAUGUGCUGACAGCCCAGCAGGUGGAGGCCGUGCAGGAGGCACUGCUGCCUCAGGUCCUGACCACCCUGGACGAGGACUCCCAGAGGACCAGACUGGUCUCCUGCCACAUCGUGAACUCGUUUCUGAAGACCUCGGGGGCCGUGGCCGACUCUGACAGGCUCAUCAAGGCUUACCCCGAGCUCCUGAAGCGCCUAGAUGACGUCUCUGAUGAAGUGCGGGUGGCGGCGGCCUGUGGCCUGGCCACAUGGCUGCGCUGUGUGGGCAGCAUCGAGGGCAGGUCCUGCUACCAAGGCCAUGUCCAACACCUGUACCGGGAGCUGCUGGUCCACCUGGACGACCCCGAGAAAGCCAUCCAGGAUGCAGUGCUAGGUGUCCUCAAGCAAGGCAGCGGCCUCUUCCCCGAGCUCCUGGUGAGGGAGACGGAGGCCGUGAUCCACAAGCACCGCUCAGCCACCUACUGUGAGCAGCUCCUUCGGCAUGUGCAGGCCACCCCGGCGGCGCAGUGACCACACUGGGCCCCAUCCUCAGCCGCCUGGACUCGCAGCAGCCCCAAGGAGACCACAGCACAUGUCGGCCACUCCCGGGCGCCGCUGACUGUUCAUACCUCCUGGCCUGCCCGGGCCAGCCCUUCCCAAAGCAGCCAGAGAAGUCUGUUGGACACGACUCCCUAGAGGCCUCCCCACCACCUGCGGUCCUGAAAACCCCAAGCUGGCUGCUCCCGCAGUACAACCCGCGCUGGUUCGACUGCCGCUCCCAGUGCUGGUGAGGCCGUCCUGCCCACCACACCGAGUGCCUGGGACUGCGUGCUGUCCAGUGUUUGUGUUAAAGUAGGGUGAGGCCGUCCUGCCCACCACAUCAAGUGCCUGGGACUGCGUGCUGUCCGGAGCCAAUGUUUGUUUUAACACAGGGUGCUGUGGGUGUUUUCUAACAGAUAGUAACAUUUAUCUUUGGUGUUUGA